AUGUUAAGGCCAGAUCUACUGGUUGUGAAUGUUGCCAGUCAGAGAAGCACGCACAGCACAAUUGGUAAUACACAUAAUGGUGGAGCUGCCAGUUUGCCACCAAUGGUGCCAGCAAUGCAGACUACACUACUGGGCCCACACUCAUUGAUACCACAUUUACUGCUACUAGGGUUGAGACCAUGGUGGGCAAUAACCACCAGUCCAUGGCUCCUACUACAUGUUCCUCAUGCUGCCAGAUCUGUGUUUCUGCCCCUUGUGCGCCAAGACUCUCCUGCACUGUGGGAAAGCAAUAACUCCAACAGGAACAGCCAUCCCACUGACAUGGAUAUGGAUGCUGAUACACCAGACACCAACACCAACAUGGACACCAACAUGGACACUGACAACAACAAGGAUGACAGCUGCUCUGAUAGUGAUACAGAUGCACCCAUCAAGAAUCACAGAGCCAGCAAUCACAUGCAACCCAAGAUCAACAACUACUCUAAGAUAUCUCAGAAGUUUGGCCACCUUUGUGGCAAGAUCAAGACCAAGGCCCACCAUGUUGUUGCUCAUGUAUUCAAGUUCAAGUCUGGUUCCAAAUCUGAGGCAAGGGAGAAGAAUUAUUUCUUCAAGCUGUUUUCCAAGGUUGUGGUGGCUCUUAUUAUGGCUGCAAUCAACUGCACAAUCAAUAAGUGGCACACCAGCAAGAGGACCACUGUCCACUUCACAGAACCUGCUUAUAAACCUGUUUACAAGACUUUCCUCAAUGACCUCAACUAUUUCAAGCAGGAGGGUUUGCAGCUUGAUGUUAUGGGGAAACUCCAACACUGGAUCUACCAUAAUGGACUGGAUCACUCUGGAGUUGAGCAGUGGGCUGUUGCUGCUAUCUCCAUGUUUGACGCAAUGAUCUCUCAUGCUGUCAUUGAGCUAAACAGUGAUUUUGAUCAAAAUUAG